AAAUGGGUGCAUCACCCCUACAAAGACCACGCUGGCCAGCCCGCAACACUGCUUAUAUACAAAGAAACAGACCCGGAAGACAGGGAACAGGACUUGGAAGCUCAACCUGAAUUCGCAUUCCAGGUCUACAGCACCAUUCCCCUAGACUCAGAUCAUGAAGCUCUGUGUCAAUAUCUCGCACAAGAGAUCGAUUUUCGACCCGGCCCCGCAUUUGAGAUCUACGCGCCGCAGCCGGACGCCUUCGCGUGUGUCGAGCAUCAGAGGCGCGAGAUUGCUCAUCGAAAGAGAAUAAGGCCUGGGGAAGAUUUCUUUCCCGGUAUCGCGAAAGUGGAGCCUAAUGAGUUCGACCGGCUUCCACAAGGAUUUCUUUUGGUCAUCACAUCGGACGUUUAUCGCGCGGGAUUCCAGGCCCAUGACCACUAUGAGAAAGGAACGGGCCCGUUAUUGGUGACAUUUAAUCGCAGCUUUCCUGGCAAGACAGUCGUCGAUGUGCGAUCGCGAUGCACGACCGCUCCACCAUACUGGGAAGAUGUGGAUUAUGAGCCUAAUCCGUGCCCCGAACGGAACGAGAUUACAGUGCAGAAGUGUCAGGAUAUCUGGGAAGUGAAGUGGGGUCUUAAAUGGACCUUUCGAAGGAGCAUUCAGCGUGAUUUUCAUUAUGAUUAUGGGCUUCUUGAUGACGAAGGGGAACCUUUUCCUGUCGAUCAGGGCAUCUCGCAUGAGGACCGUCAGUUGCUGGACAGUAAAGCGGAUUCACUAGCUUUGGGGAAUUUCACCGUGGCAUCUCAGCCGGAUGGAGCGGUGACUAUUACGACCGCUCCUAUGGCCUCAGAACCGGACUUAAGAUACAUCAUUCAUGUCGCCUUUCCGCUGUCAGACCUCCACCUGGCACAGGUUGCAAAAGCGUUUACAUCGACGCUCAUGGAGAAAAUAUCCGGUUCGAAAUCUGUGUAUCUUGAAUUCCACAGUUCAUAUGUGUCAUUCAGUCACAUAGUGGCGAAGCACCGUGCCCUUCUGGAGUCCCGGCCCGAAAUAACCAUUGGC